GGCCUGCCUUCAAUAGAAAGGCCCAGCGGUCCGGGCCACACCUGCCGUGCGUCCUCGUCCGUCGCACAGUCGCGCGCACGCAACCUGCUUCCGCUAGCGCGCCCCCUGCUGGGAUUGCAGAAGCCUCCGUACUGGGCUGCAGCCUAUUAGCUUAGCACGCGGAUUGCUUGAUUGGAAGAAUCCGUGCGCAGCCGAGCAUAAACGACUUGCGUCCGGCAGCGGCCCGUGCGAACAGCAGCACCCAUGGCGGCAGCAGCCCGCGGCGGCAGUAGCAGCCGCAUCGGCAGUAGCAAUCACAGUAGCGGGCACAGCAGCAGCAGCAGCAGCGGCAGCCAAAGCAGCGGCAGCAGGCGGCCACGGGCCGUGCUCCCGGCGGCGCUGCUGCUACUGCAAGCGGCAGUGCUAGGUCUGUUGCUGGCGACCCAGGGACUUGCUACUGCCGCUGCCGCCGCCGCCGCUGCUACAGCCGGUGGUCACGGUGGCGGCCGGCGGUCGCUGCGCGAGUCAUCAGGCGGCGGCGAGGGUGGUGGCGGGGGAAAGAGCAGUCAACCGUACGACACGUGCGUAUGUGUAUUUGACUUUGACGAGACGCUGCGAGUGGUGUCGCCUGACAAGAAAAACUUUGACAUGCCCGCCCCGGACGGCCCAGGCAUUGUCAAGGCAUGCAAGGAGAAUGGCUGGGAGGUCGGCAUCGCCAGCGCCAACGACAACAACGGCAAGCUGCAAAAGGUGCUCAGCACCUCCAGCUAUAACCAGGCAGGGGUGUUCACUCCCGAGUUCUUCAACUCCAGCGCCUUCCAGUACCACUGGUACAACAAGACGGUGUCGCUGGAGGCCAUCCGCAGCUAUUACGACACCACCGGGCAGUGCAUGAUGCUGUUCGAUGACAUGGAGCACAACCGCAAGUACGCGGACGCCGCGGGCGUCAUCUUCCAGCGGGUCGCCAACGACACCGGCGUGCGCUGGUCGGACUUCGACACAGCGCGCAAGACGCUGGCGGACAGGUGCUGGUGUGCCAAACCCCAGGACCGGAGUUAUGGUGCUGGUUACCACUCGCCGCCAGACCGAGACUUCAGCGACCGUGACCGCUACGGCCGCCCCCUGCAGCGCUACGAGGACAAAUCAGGCAGUUCCGUGCCAGCCGCUUACAAUAACAGCACGUGGAACAGUGGCGGCGACAAGAGCGGCGGCAGCACCGGUGGCGGUGACAAGAGUGGCAGUAGCAGUGAUGGUGGAAAGGGCGGCAGCAGUGGCAGCAGCAGUGGCGGCGGCGGCGGCAGCACAAGCGGCAGUAGCAGUAACGGUGCGGAGGCACGCCACGGCAGUAGCAGCAGUGGCGGCGAGGGCAGCAACACCAGCACUGGUGGCAGUAGCAGCGGCCACGGCAGCAGCAGCGGUGGCGGUAGCAGUAGUAGCAGCCCUGCUGACUCCCAGCCGUCUGGAGAGUACGACUACCAGGAGACCAUCAGCGACCGUGUCAACCCCGGGGAGAUGUCCUUGUCUGUCCCCGGCAGUAGCAGCAGCAGCAGUAGCAGUAGCAGUACGAGCAAUGCUGCUACAGUCCCCGCUGCCACUGCGCAGCAGGCCGAUACCGCUGCCACUACUACUGCUACCGCACCUCCACAGCCCGCCGCUACUGCCUAUACGGUCUAUGCUGCCGUGCCGCCGGCAGCAGCCGUGGAGGCUGCAGCACCAGCAACAGCACCGGCACCGGCACCGGCAGCAGCUGCGGCGUCUCAGUCCGCCGCCGGCCCUGCGUCUCAGACGGCAGCGUCAGCACGUGACAGGAGCAGUAGCGAUGGUGGCAGCAGGGGCAGCGGUGGCGGCGGCGUGGCGGCCUCAUCAUCGGUGCCGCCGCCGCCUGCUGCACGCGCGGCGGUCCCCGGGAAAUUUCCCGCCCUUGCCCCACUGCCGCUGCAGCAGCAGCAGCAGGAGGAAGAGGAGGAGUCAUCAGUAGCUGCGGCCAACUCCGCUGCUGGUGUCACGCCCCCAUCCUCCACCACUGCAGCCGCUGCCGGCAAAGGGGUGGCGCCAGCCAGCAGCCAACGGACAGCGGCGGUGCCGGCAGCGGCGGUGGCGGCGGCUCCGGCAGCCACGCCGGCAGCGGCGCCAGCAACUGCAGCAAUAGCUUCUGCACCGGUCAGUGGCAGCGGCAGUGGCUUCGAAUGGGUGUAUGAUGCCGCCACAAACGCGUACGUUCGCGUGCCGUUGGCAGCGGCCCAGCCUGGCGCGGGCACCAACAGCACACGCGGCAGCACCGGGCGCGCGACUGCGGGCAGCGGCGGUGGCGGCGGUGGCGUCGUCGGCGGCGGCGCAUCUGAGGAGGUCACGAAGAAGUAAUGCGUCGGUAACAUGAGGCUUGUUGCCUGAUGUUAGGAAACUGCGAAUCGUGGAAGGUAGGGUGGUCACACAACAUACACACACACGCCGGCGGAGCAUGUGUUACGGUAGACGAAGAGAGUUAGCAGCGAGCUAGACGCGGUCUAUUGUUCUCCGGCUAAAACAUGCAUCAGAUCAAGGUGACCGGGGCUGUGUUCAUGUCGUGUGCGCAUUUGUGGAAAGGUAGGAUGGAGCGGCGCGAAAGGUUGGCGAUUGAGUAGGCUGCUGGGGGCGGAGACAUACACCGCCACGCACGGGUUACUCACAUUCAUGGUUCACGUGCCCGAGUAGUAGUUAGCUGUUGGGCGGGUUGCGCGCAAGCUAUUCCGACAUGCCACGCACCUGGCUAGGCUUAGCGGCAGCUAGCACGCAUCCAUUGCUUGGUUUGCUUAUUGGUGCGUGGUAGGCGAACUAUCUAGAUAUGUAGCUUAGCCAUACAUGGACGUAGCGGCACAACCGUGUCAGGUGCAUUGCGGAGAGGUCGGUCGCAGACACAUGUCUGAACAUGUCUGUAAGAAUCUUGUUCC